UUUUAAUGCUAAUAUUUGCCAUAAUUAUACAAAAAUAGCUACCAUGAUUGCUCAUUAUUUUUUAGGAUUGUUCUUAUGUCUGUUAUCCACAGUAAAUAUAGCCAGGGCGGAUGCUUUAAAACAUAUUCCGAUGAAAAUCAAUGUCCAAGAAAUCAUUUUUGAUUAUACCGAUGCAUUGUCCGAGGAAAAAUCCGAGGAGACCUCUUAUGAAAGUAGCGAGGAAAUUACCUAUGACAACACGGAGGACUUGAUCAUUAGAAUGAUCAGGGGGAUGAUUUAUGAAAAAUCUACAAAAGAUUCAUAUAUAAAAAUCAAGGAGGACUCCUCUAAAAAAGUUAAGGGCAAUGUCUCCGGAGAAACUUCAGAAAAUCCUUCCGGUGAGUCCAAGGAGGUUGUCCCUGUUAACAAGGCUGUCUCUGGAGAAACCGCAGAAAACUUAUUCGGUAAGAGCAAGGAGGUUAUCUCCGGAAAAUCUACUCAGAACACCAAGGGUUCCAAAAAGGUCAAGAGGGCUGUCUCCGGGGAGACCGCGGAGGACUCCUCUGGAAAUACCAAAGCUGUCUCUGGAGAAACUGCAGAGGAUAUCAGGACUAAAAAGAUUAAGAUUACUUUCUCUGGAGAGACAGCAGAGAACUCUUUCGGAAAAUCAAAAGAGUAUUUCUCUGGAGAGACCUCAGAAAAUAAGUUUUGAGGCUGGUGCCUCCGGAUCUCAGAGGAAAGCUCCCAUAAUAUUGCCUAGGGCUGUUAAUAAAUGUGAUCCGAAACUGUUAUAAGUAGUCGUUUCAGUUGAUAUAAUUUAUUUAUUUAUUAAUGGUUUUACACUACAAAUUAAUAAAAUAGACUAUAAUAAUCUUAAAGCUAAUGAUAAAAAGUAAACUUAAAAUAAGAGUCUUAUAAAUAGAAAAUAUAUGUAUGUAUGUAA